AUGCACAUCAUCCAUAGAACCCCUUCAACAAAACUUCCAGAAGGUCCUUACAGUGCUACCUCAGCGGUUCGAGAUCCUAGCCAUCUACCAAUGGGAGAAAGAGAUAGAAACUUUCCAGAAGUCUUCCUGAUGGAAAAAUCAAGCAAGUUUUCUUCUUCGACCCAGAUGGAAAUGGAUUAG